AUGAACAGACAAACGUUUCUUUUUCUCUUGUUGCUCAUCCUUUUUCUCGACUUCCCACGCGGCCUGACCGACACGGGCCUGGAGAUAGACCUCCGAGUACUCCAGCAGUACCGUGACACUCUCAAGCAGGGCCAGAGUGAGCUUUCGAAGAGCAACUACUCCUUGGGAUACGGCAACUUAACCGGACUCAAACUCUCGUACGAGGACUCCCUUGCACAAAAAAAUGUACUGGAUUGGCCGUUUCAUCAGUACACGGCCGUGGCGCCAUGGCUGGAGACACAGGAAUAUUCGAUCCUACCCAACGUGGUCAGCAACAAGGUUCGAGACUUCUUUGCAACGACGCCUGCGGCUAGUGCUGGACCCGCGUAUCCGCUCAACGUUCUGAGUGAUGUAUAUGGGGAGUUUGACAUGCUGCUUGACCUGCAGCGGAUAGCGCCCGUAAGCAUGGAGCUCCCAGGGUACCUCCAGGAAUACUACCGAAGCUACCGGCAGGUCCGGUACGAGGAACAAAAACAAAGAUAUGAAGAAGACCCAGAGAACAACCUGCCACCCGCAGAGCUACCAGAAAAGCCAGAAAAGUCGGGAAAUGUGUCCUACACGCUGGGAAAUUUGGUGCUCCGCAUCCAGCCCUUGCACGCUGUAUACCCGGAGCUUCAGGUGGAACAAUUUGGACUUGAAUUAUACGAGGAUACGACCAUAGUCCAAGUGAACGUGGAGAUCACUGAUCUGCUUAAGAAGGACCGCAAUGAGUUCGCCAUGUUUGCUAUUUAUUUUCAGGAAACGGGGUCUCUCGUGGGACUCACUCGCUCCGCGAAGUUCAUGGGUACCCACGGGCUUCCGCACUUUGUUAUGGACAGCGAAAGAUUUGAGCGGGCAAAGACUUUGAUCACACGCUUGCUUGGCGUGGCUGAUAUUGAUAAGGACGUGUCUUUAGACGAGGUCACCUCGACUGUGGAGCGAGCCGUCACACAGUGUGAGUUUGUGAUGUUUUUACAACUUCAGAAAACAUCCUUCACCCACGAGGAGCUUCAUUACAUUGAUGACGAGUUGAAGCUUCGGCAAGGGUUGCCCCUCCCAAAAAAAAUUCCAGAGAUCGGAGUUGAUCACGCGCUUCUCUAUUCGCCCGAUUGUGGACUUUUAUUCGAAAAGAAACUGGCGGUAGAAUUGACAGGCAUUCGAACUGAAGUUCAUCUUUCCCAAUUGCGUCGUGCGUUGGUGGGCGUUUUUGUUCUAUCAUUUGUGGAGCUCAACUUGUUCAUGCGCCAGGCAAAAGCAAGCCGCACGCCCAGUGACUUGUCCAAUGUGUCCACACUCUGUAUCGGUCUCCUCAGCGGAUACGAUCUGAUUGUGGCUGUGCUCAUGAUGCUGAUAAUGUGGCUUUCUGACCUAUACCUCAUUUGUGCAUGCAACACUGUAUUAAGCAUAUUGCUUUUCUACGUGUUUGAGCUCCGCUUUUACUCUACGAUCGAAGCUGCGCAAUCUAAUGAGAGAGGAGUAUCUUGGUGGCAGAUUCUCCGUGGUUCGCGCGAAGCCACAACAGUUAGACCGACUUCAAACGACUUGGAGGCCCAGGCUCCACACUCACAAAACACAAAUACAGUUCCAGAAGUGCCGAAUAACACUACUCAAACAGCGCCUCCAGGUGCUCCAACGGUCACAGGGCCGUCUUCAGGAAGCGUCAUGUCCUACUUUGCUUUUAGUAUCAUUCUUUCAUUUGGUGUGUCAAUACUUAUUUUGAACGCAACACUCUGGAGCGUCAACGCUGUGCGUGUAUUCGAAUACUGGUUACUUAUACUCAUGAACUCCUACUGGAUACCACAGUUUCUUCGCAACACUUUGAAGAACAGAUCAAAAACAAUUCAGUGGGAAUUCAUAUUUGGAACCUCCAUGGUCAGAUUGGCACCAUUGACUUACCUUUGCUUGGACCUGUCCAAUCCUUUCAGACAUCCUCGCGAUCCCGUGUUGCUACUCACAGUUUUCAGCUGGCUAGCAACACAAAUAUUGUUGCUUUAUUUGCAGAGUAAGCUAGGAGCCAGGUUCUGGCUCAACACCAAAUGGCUUCCUGAACAGUACAACUAUCACCCCGUGAUAACUGCGAAGGAUCUUGAGAGUGGGUUCUCUCGGGACAUCUUGUCAAGUUUGAAAGUGGUGCCAGGCCAAGAGGUAUCAAUGUGUGAGAGUGACUGCGCUAUUUGUAUGUCUGCAUUGAAGUUCCCAGUCAUCAUGACUGAAAACGGAAACAAAAAGCCUCUUGAGCCAUUAAUGAAAGAGGUUAUGAUAACGCCGUGUUUCCACUCAUUUCACACUGGUUGCUUGGAAGAUUGGAUGAUCUACAAAUUGCAAUGUCCAGUUUGUCGGACUGCAUUGCCGCCUGUAUAA